AUGAAACCGGCAAUCAACCAUUUAGUGCUAGUUGUGUACGUUGUGUUUGUCGCCUUAGCUCCAAUCUCGCAAGCAUAUGUCUAUAUAAUUCCUAACGCCAAAAGUCCAGAAAAAGAAGGUCACUGCUAUGAUGAAACAUUAAAGAUAUCGGUUCCCGUUAAUGAAGUCCGACAACGUCCAGAGCGAUGUGAAACGAUGAGCUGCGGGAAUGAUUACUCGCUUCAUGUUGCGGGAUGCGGAGUAAUAUCGGCAGCCCCUGGAAUGACCAUUACUAAGACGAAUUAUUCGAAGCCGUACCCAGAUUGCUGUCCCCAUCUGGUAUUGAGUGCAGAGAAUUUAGUCUAA